AUGAUCCGAUGAAUUUCAUAUCCUCAGCGUCUAAAAUCUAGAACUCUUGUUUUCCUUUCCUUUGUGCCCCAAGGGGAUCUUUCUUCUCUUGUUCUUUGCAGUGCAGGUCCAAGGCUCGAUGUCUACACUCGCAACUUGAGCUCUUAUUCGAUUCGUUACACAUUCCUUUCCUUUCCUUACAUUCUAUCUUUUGUCUUAUUCCGAGCAUUUGGCUACUCGCCCAUUCAGGUUUUGACUCUACUACCUAUCUUCGGACAUAUAUCACUGCCUUCUGCGUGUAAUUGGGAGGGUGACUUCAACGGCUGGCUUCCCUCUAGGUCUACCAAAAGCCAGAUGAACAACAUCCACUGAGACCUUCGUUUGCUUACAAGGAAUCCAAAGCGUCCCGUUUGAGAACACUUCCUAUUGCCAUUAAAAAAUUACGGGCAAUUUUUUAUCGUGUUUCACAGAUAGGCAAAGCAAAGCAAACAGUCUUAGGCCUUUCUUUCAGCCCAAUCCGCUCUGUUCGACCUGGUUUGUCGUCUACCGGAUCCUUCAUCGUUACAUUCGCAAUUCCAGAGCAACAGCUUUGGGUUCUCGACUAGCAAUUCUAUUCCCAUAUUGCUUGAUUCUCCCGCGUCAGCUUCAUUUCCCAACAAUCCCAUGAUGUCUGGUCCAACUCAAUCAAAGAUGCUGGUCGUGCCGCCAGCACUAAACCUGCGCCGAGCUAGCUCUUACAGCUCCCAAGAUCGUGGGCCUAUUUCAUCAACUUCAUCCCGUUUCAAUUUCAACCACCUAUUCUUUUCACCACCUGCUUCUCCAGCACUUCCAGCUCUGGUACCUCGACCCCCAAAGAGGACCUCGAGCCAGAUCUUGGUUGCUCGACCGAGCCGAGUCUUUCGACGGCUUUUUCUCCUUGGUAUCUUGCUCUCAAUCACAUACCUUGUGGCAUUGGCUUUUCAGAAUCCAGAUGCCAUUCCAGCGGCAGUAUGGCCUUAUUUUGGACAAGAGGAGUUUGAGAUGGUUGGCCAAGAUGCCUUCCCAGAUUUCCCCACGCCCAUUCUUAUCAACGACAACAAGGGUCGCUCGAAGUGGAGUGUCUUUAUACCACCAAACGGGGACUUUCCCUUGACUAUGGACCAAUAUGCAGAGAUGGGCAGUCAAUGCCGAGAGGUUUCUUCCCGGGCAAGAGAUAUUCAUCGCAAGGCCCCGAUCACCGAAAAGGCUAUCAUCAACUAUGAUGCCAAAGAUGAAUACUAUAUCGACGUAUAUGACGCUGAGAGAUCAGGACUUCUAGCACCCUACAAAGGUAUUCGUGCCAAAAACAAGGGCAAAUUUGUUGGUGUAGAUAAAAAACACUUGAAGCAUAAACCGGUGUGCGAAAGUACCAUGACUUUUGUUUUGGAAUCCUCAGAUGCUGGCCUUGGUAACACACUCAUGAUGCUAUGGACCUUCUACGGACUAGCAAAGCAACUUGACCGUGAGUUCUUCAUUGUGGAUAAACGUUGGGCCUACGGACCCUGGACCGAGAUUUUUGAAGCUCCUCCUAUCCCUGACUGUCGUCCUCCUCCUCGACACCACAUGGUUCCUUGUCCUUUUCAAGCUCGUCACUUGGUCGUUUCCUCUGCGACAGCUAAGGAGGUAUUCCCGGCGUUGCUAGCCCAAAAUCAUCGAGUUGCAGGAACCGAGGAUGGAUUGCGGGAUCUCUUCGAACUGGCUCGUAUUGGAUAUGAGGAUCUAUUUAUCUUGAGUGAUGAGGACCAGGCUUAUGUCGACGAGCGUGUAACUGCAAUUCAAGCAAAAGCCAACACUGAGGGCAGUCUCAUGACGCAUAUACCCAUCAUUGGGCUUCACGUUCGUCAUGGCGACCAGCAUCCACUCGAAUUUCAAUAUCGCGAUACCUAUAUCCCGGCUGAUGUCUACCUUAAACAAGUCAUCCGUUAUGUGGACGAAUACUACAACAAUACAGGAAUGGAAGAUAACACGCAACGGCGACAUAUCACUCUCUUGGCUUCGGACGACCCCACAGUUCAUGAGGAGCCUGAGUUUUCUCAUACCAUUCUUUCCCAAGAUCGAAUUCGUCUAGCUUCAAAAGGUGCGAUUGCCCGCGCAAGUGGCAAUCAUCAUUCGCUUAAUAACUUUGUUGAGAACACGUUUGGUUGGGAGGGCGGUUUCUUUGCUCCCCUUUUCUGGAAUCUUGGUGUCCAAAGCAAAAAUAAUGCGGCUGAAGCACCAGCAGGAGUGAAUGUCGAUGGAGUGAAUGAAGAAGCCAGGCAUAUGGCACCGCCUUCCGAAGAAACGCUCCGACUCCGUAGUCUCGUCGGUCGAGCGUAUAUGAUGGAUCUAGCCGUUCUAUCGGAGUCGAGCGAUAAGAUUGUUUGCACGGUGAGUGCUUCAGGGUGCCGCCUACUGGCCGUGAUGAUGGGAUGGGAGGAUAGCAUGGAAAAUGGGGGCUGGCACAACGUUGAUGGAACCUAUGGUUGGGCAGGGAUCGACUGGUGAGCUAGAGACAAAUUUUCAUUCUUUCAUUGAAUGCUUUCUCUUGUGCAAAAAGCCCAAAAGAGCAUGAGGAUAACUGUAAGACGC